ACCCUUCCCGACGACCUCUAUACACGAGGCCCGCCUUCAGCUGCGCUGUUCAAUUCCAUCCACAUCACCAUGGCCGUCGACGCCGCCUUCACCAGCAAGCUGCCCAAGAUCGAGCUUCACGCCCACCUCACCGGCAGCAUCAGUCGCGGCACGCUGCACGACAUCUGGCGCAUCAAGAAGGACGCGGAGCCCCGCCUUGCGCUCCAAGACCCGCUCGUUGCGAUACCGCCAGGCGGUUUGCAUGACAUCAAGACAUUCUUUCCGCUUUUCUCGUCGUACAUCUACCAGCUAUGUAGUGAUCUUCCAAGCAUCGAAUUCUCCACCAGAAGAGUCCUCUCCGACUUCCAAGCCGACGGCGUCGUCUACCUCGAGCUCCGCACUACUCCACGCGCCAGCCCCGCCCAUAGCAUCACAAAAGACCUCUACGUCUCCACCAUCCUCUCCAUCCUGCGCUCCCACAACGCUGACCCGGCAAACACCCUCCACGCCGCCCUCAUCCUCUCCAUCGACCGCCGCAACUCCCUCGCUGAAGCCCACGAAACCGUCGACCUGGCCCUCAAACACCGCCCCUUCGGCGUCGUCGGCCUCGACCUCUGCGGCGACCCCUCCGUCGGCGGCAUUGCCAAGUUCGCCCCUACAUUCCAGCGCGCAAAGGAAGCCGGGCUGGGGAUUACUCUGCAUUUCGCAGAACUCGCGGCCUCAGCAACAGACGAGGAGUUGUGGGAACUGUUGCGGUGGAGACCGGGAAGAAUUGGGCAUGUGAUUCAUGUGAAAGGGGAGAUUAAAGAUGAGAUUGUGAGACAGGGUGUUGGAGUGGAGUUGUGUUUGAGCUGUAAUGUGCAGCUGAAGAUGCAUGGGGAGGGGGGGUAUGAGGGACAUCAUUUUGGGUGGUGGCGGGGUGCUAGGGUCGGGGUGGCGUUGAGUACGGAUGAUGUGGGCGUUUUUCAGAGCCCGUUGAGUGAGGAGUAUAGGCUUGCGGCGGAGCAUUUUAGGCUUGGAAGAGAUGAUGUGAGGAAACUCUGUGAGGGUGCGGUGGAGACUAUCUUCGGUAGUGAGGCCGAGAAAGAGAGGCUGAGGGUGAUGUAUCGGGGGUGGGAUGGGUGGAUAGGCUAAGCAAGUAAGGUUACGCAUAUGCCUAAUAGAACAGUUUGUAAGGCACCCAUUAACUCUGAUCCCGCUGUCACUUUUAAUCGCACCUAUACCGAGUCACUGGCCUCGUGUAUAUCCAAACCAAUGUUAUCGGAGCCUUCUAUCAACUAAGGCUAGCCCAUAGGCUGUUGGGGGAGCAGAUAGGCAAGACCGGAAGGGAAUUCAUAACGAUAG